AUAUUAUGUGCUUAUUUGAAAAAAAAUUAAAGGUUUUAGGUAAUCAAAUGUUUUUGCUUCCGUUAGAAGUCCACAACUCUAGAAGUCCGUGCCUUAAAUGAUCAAAAUAGGAAUUGAUAUGGAAAACUUGGUGAUCAUGACGUUAAACACUGCAACCAUUUUCCAGUUCAAAAAACCCUCAAAUUUUGCACGAACGAGAGUUCGAGUACGAACUCUUGCAAGUCCAUCCCAGCUUAUUGGGACAUGGAGGAAGACAUGAAGGACAGGGAAGAGUUGUGCUGGGUGUGCCUUGACAAAAGUUAUGUCUCAAUAGUCCCUGCCUAUGAAUCAUAGAGAUUAGAGUUAUUGCAUUAUGUACUGGAGAUUCCAUUGUCUAAAAGAGCGAGGUUCCUUGCCAUCGAAAUAUGCAUACGACAGAACAAGAACAAAAAAAUAUAUCAGGAAGCAUCUUUUAUUACCGCCGCGUUAGUGAGAAUAAACCAUGUUUUUUGUUUUCCAAUGCAGUUUUGUAUUCCAUGCAUUGGUCUGGUUUGUUUUGCUUUGCUUUACGUAGAUAAACAACGAUGACCAUGAGAAAGACGUCAAUGUUUAAAUGAAUAAAAAACGCAAAUUCCCACAGUAAAAUAAUUCACAAGCACCAGAUUCCAUUCGGGGUGACUUGUAUGCAGUCGUUUCAGCCUUUUUGCAUUUGCUCCCUUGAUCGUUUUUGGCUGAUAAAUGGCUAAGUUCACUGUGUUCAGUUUUGGGUUACGAAAUCUACCCUUGCCGUGGCCCUUGGAAGAACAUGACCCAAUCCACGGGCAGUAGUGCCAUCCAUUGGUUCCGCAAAGGUUUGCGACUUCACGACAAUCCCGCGCUUUUGUCCGCCUUAGCCCAACCCGGGGAAUUGCGACCCUUGUUCAUUUUGGACCCUCAUUUUGUGGCGCAUGCCCAUGUGGGUGUCAAUCGUUGGCGAUUCCUGCAACAAUCGCUCCAGGAUCUGGAUGAUCAACUCCGAGCCCGUGGCUCCCGAUUGUUUGUGGCCCGGGGUCAACCCGAGACAAUCCUGCCAGAGCUGUUUAAGCAAUGGCGCGUCCAAUGGUUGACCUUUGAGGUGGAUACCGAGCCUUACGCGCUCAAACGCGAUGCCCAAAUUGAGGCUUUGGCUCAAGAGGCGGGUGUGGUGGUGGAUAGCCGCAUCUCCCACACGUUGUACAGCGUUCAUCGGGUGAUCCAGGCCAAUCAUGGAAAAGCACCCCUCACCUAUGUGAGCUUCCAGAAAGUGGUGGCCAAAUUGGGCGAUCCACCCACAGCCGUGGCAUGUCCGCCCACUUUUCCCACCCAGUCGCAAUUGAGUAGUCCGGCAGAUCUGAGCGAUGUGCGUUACAACGUGCCUGAACUCGAGGAAUUGGGCGUGAAAGCCGCCGAGCUCAGGACUUGUCGUUUUCCCGGGGGCGAGACUGAGGGUCGGCGACGACUCCAAGAAUACCUCUCCGAUAAGAGGGCGGGUUGGGUGCGAGCCUUCGAGAAACCGCAAACCCCUCCCAACUCGUUGGAGCCGUCCACCACUGUCCUGAGCCCGUACCUUAAAUUUGGCUGCGUCUCGUCCCGCGAAAUGUAUUGGCGGUUGCAGGACAUCCUGAAGAAGGGCAAACAUUCGCAACCCCCGGUUUCGUUGGUGGGUCAGCUCCUUUGGCGGGAGUUUUACUAUGUGGUGGCCGCGGACACGCCGCACUUUGACCGGAUGAAGGGCAAUCCAUUGUGCAAGCAGAUCCCCUGGGAUGACAAUCCGGAGUACUUGAAAGCUUGGUCCGAGGCCAGAACCGGGUAUCCUUGGAUCGACGCAGUCAUGAUACAAUUGCGCGAUGAGGGCUGGAUCCAUCAUUUGGCUCGACACGCCGUGGCUUGCUUUCUCACCCGGGGCGAUCUGUAUCUCUCUUGGGAAGACGGGCAGCGAGUGUUUGAGGAACUUCUGCUGGAUGCAGAUUGGGCUCUCAAUGCGGGUAAUUGGAUGUGGUUGUCCGCAUCCGCGUUCUUUCAUCAGUAUUUCCGCGUUUACAGUCCCGUGGCCUUCGGGAAGAAAACCGACCCCACGGGCGAAUACAUCCGAAAAUAUGUACCCAAGCUCAAAAAAUAUCCCAAAGAGUACAUCUAUGAGCCGUGGAAGGCCCCAUUGUCCGUUCAAAAGGCCGCUGGCUGUAUCAUCGGAACGGAUUAUCCCAAGCCCAUUGUGAACCACGAUACCAUCCACAAGGUGAAUAUUGGUCGUCACAAGGCCGCUUAUAGCCAAGGCAAGGACUCGAACCAGGCAUCGGGGACCACAAAGCCGGCGAAAAGACCAGAGACAGGGUCUAAAGGACAAACAUCCAUGACCAAGUUCAUGAAGAAGAAAUAAAUUUGAAUGGAUCUGAGAA